ACAUCUGGUCAAUUUCCUCCAAAACACAGACCGGGAACACUCACGCAGAAAUCCAGCACGAUGGCGUCCAGAUAUACCCAUACUUCGGCCCCCGACGCCAUGCUCAAAGCCCAAUCCGAACUCGACCGCGUCAUUGGCCCCCUUUGCCGCUCGCCGCACUGGGACGACGCCCCCAACUUGCCGUACCUAAACGCCUACGUGAAAGAAGUCCUCCGCUGGCGCUCCGUAGCCAACAUCGGCGGCCAACCGCACUCCAACACUUCACCGGACUGUUACCACGGCUACUACAUCCCGCCGCAUAGCUGGGUGCAGGGGAACGUGUGGGCAAUCCACCACCACGAGCGCGAAUUCCCGGAUCCCGAUCGCUUCUACCCCGAUCGCUACCUCCCUGGUAAUGACCACCACCGUCCCUUCCCGGGCGAAAAGGGGUACAUGACCUUUGGCUGGGGCCGGCGGGUCUGUUCCGGGCAGGCGCUGGCGGAACAGGGGACUUGGAUCACUGUUGCGCGCUUACUCUGGGCUUUCACGAUAAGGAAGUACAGAGACCCGGAAACAGGAGCGGAGGAGGAGGUGGAUAUCUUUGCUUAUACGAAUGGGCUGAAUAUGCGGCCGCAGCCUUUCCGGUGUGAGAUUGUGGCUAGGAGUGAGGAGGUGAGAAGCACGGUGGUGAGGGAGGGGGAGCAGGCGUUGAGGGACUUGAAGGUGCUGGAGGGGGAGAGUAGGUAUAGGAUGUCAACGUUUUAUCAGCAGAAGAAGAGAGAGGUGGCGGAGAUGCCGGAGUUCGAUGAGAAGGGGAAUAUUAAGAUGGUCAAGGUCAAGUGAGGGACGUCUGUUGAUGUUUCGGACUUGGUGUAGGCAGCUACUUGCUGCGACCAGGACGUCGGCUGGUGGGCGGUCUAUGCAUAUGGCAGAAGUUGUUGUUAAUGAAGCCCAUCGCCAAAAUAAUCAGGGGUUUGUUUACAGGGUGUGGAUCCUCGUCACCGACCUCGGGAAAAAAACUUGCAAAAAAAAAGGAUCUGGUCUCUCCCGCCGGGAAUUGAA